AGUGUUCCUAUUGGAUAUUGUGCGAAGGAUAAACCAAUAGAGAAAACGAACUCAAACAUUUCUCGAGCGGAUGUUAACUAUGGCGAUGACCUUACUCACAUGGUUCCAGAGAGUAUCCAGACAACGGUUUCUUCGUUAUGGGAUGCCCUUCUUGGUAUGUAUUGUUGGGGGAUCGUUUGCUCUGAAACACUUUACAUCUGUUCGUUAUGACUUUCGGCGGACUACAAGGAUAACAAACGAGGAAGCAAAAAAAUUUGGAGUCACUUUGAAGAACAAAGAGACUGUUGAAGACGUGUAUGAGGAUUUACAAAAAGUUGAUUUGGAUUCCUGGCAAAAUAUAAGAGGGCCUCGUCCUUGGGAGGACUCAAAGACUGUGCAAAAUCUGCAGAAAAUAAAUUCGGAAUAAACUAUGGUUUGAAAGUUUAGAACCUGACAUAACAAUUUGCGAGGUGUUUUAGAAUUACAAACUUUUUUGCAAGUUUUCAUUGUAGAUAUGUACAUAACACAAUAUAUUUGAGAUGAUACUAUUCAGAGAACUGUAAAUAAAGGUAGUUUGUGACUGAAUUUUGCAGUUGAAAAAUAUAGGACUGAGUGAGAAGGUAACUUUUGUUUUCAAUCAUUUUCUAUUUAUACAAACCUUACAGCCAUACACAACACUAAAGUUUCUGAUGUGCGCCAUAUAAAUUUUAGUAAGUUUGCUUUGCAUGUUAUGAAAAGCUUUCAGUAUUUCACAAAAGGAAAUUACAGUUGUCAAUGACAUUAGUAAAUGUGUGUAUUGUUGACACGUUAUGGCUUGAACUAUUGAAGAUUUCAUUUUGGAGGAUGCCAGAAUGCUGAAAAAAAAGAAGAAAAGAGAUGCAAAGAGAACUUUGCACAUACUGAGAUUGAAAUAGUCCUGCUUGAAUCUUUGCAAUAUAUAUAUAAAAAAAUCCAACAAAU